GUUCGGCAUAGAGUUUCCCGACGAGUGGUCUGAUAUAUCCGAAUUGCCGCAUAGAUUCCGGUUUGCUCUUCGGUUUCCCGUCACCAAAGAAGGCAAUUUUAAGAUAAAUCUCCAGCUAUCGCAGAACGAAAGAGGAUUUUAUUACAUAUAUAGUGGGUUUCUUUUUCUUCAGACGGAACUCAGCUUACAGUACCUGCAGAAAAAGAAUUCAACCCAUACUGUGAUUCGACCAAAACUGGAGUCACUAUAUGAUAAGAAUAUUAAUAUACCAUUUUCCUACUAUUUUGGUGUAUUUAUAAUGUUUGCCUUUUUAUGCCCGUUCGCAAUGGAUGUUAAGAGCAUUGUCGAGGAAAAGGAGCUUCAGCUGAAGGAUAUGCUGAACAUCUCCGACGUAAGCAACUCUCUCCAAUGGCUGGCCUGGUAUGUCAAGUCCAUGAUAGUUCUAUUCAUAAUAUCGCUAGCUAUUACUAUAUUUUGGACGAUGAUCGGUAUACCCGGUGAGGAGGGGUCGCCAUUUGCCGACAUGCCCGUUCUCCCAUAUACCGACUCGUCUGUCUUUCUGUUAUAUCUGCUUGUGUGCAGUCACUCUUUCAUAUGUUUCGGCUUCCUGGUCAGCUCCUUCUGCACUCGCAGCAAUUGGUGUGGCCUCAUUGCCAUACUUCUGUUCAUAGCCAGCUGUGUUCCCAAUUUUGUCACGGACAAUGACAAUACUGGGACACUGUUGAACAUUCUGUGCAGCAUUUUCGUCGUGUCAGCCAUGAACAUGGUCAUGAAUCGAAUUGCCGCAUGGGAACAAGCCGGUUUGGGCCUGCAGUGGAGCAAUCUCUUUCAGACGUCAUGGGCCCGAGACAGCAUAAGCGUUGGUGCGAUACUGUUUCUCAUGAUACUGUUUAGCCUGAUCUCGAUUCUCAUCUGCCUGUACAUGGAGCGGGUGAGGCCAGGGGAGUUUGGCAUGCCACAGCCAUGGAAUUUCCCGUGCACCAAGCGCUUCUGGUGUCCGACCAAGAACAUACGACGAGUAGUAUCAUUAUCCCCGCCCGGGUGGUUCCCUGUCCAACCCACCGAUGAGGAGCGACGUUCUGCGGAUAAGUCUCCAGAGCGUAAGACCUCCAAGUUCGUGGAUGCCAGCGCCAAAGGCAAAACCCCUGGUGUACAAAUAAAAAAUCUCAGCAAAAGCUUUGGCGAACGACAGGUGGUCGCUGGCCUCACAUUCGAUUUGUUUGAGAACGAGAUCACGGUGCUCCUGGGACACAAUGGAGCUGGCAAGACCACGACCAUACAAAUGUUGACGGGCACCAUUCAACCCAGCUCCGGCACGGCGAUCAUCAAUGGCUACGACAUACAAACCGAACACCUCCAGGCCCGUCGAUCCUUGGGCAUUUGUCCGCAGAGAAGCGUCUUCUUUGCUGGUUUGAGUGUGGCCAGUCACCUUCGAUUCUACAGCCGGCUCAGGGGUCUCAAGGGGGCAGCGGUCAAACAGGAGGUGGAAAAGUACUUGCAGAAGCUAAGCCUUAAGGAAAAGGCCAACACCGCGGCUCGGCGUCUCUCUGGGGGGACACAGCGUCGGCUUGCGUUGGCCUGUGCCCUGUGCGGCAACGUCAAGGUUCUGUUCUGCGACGAGCCCAGCUCGGGUCUGGAUCCCAACUCGCGGCUGGAACUUUGGAAGCUGCUGCUGGAUGAGAAGCAGGGACGCACUGUUCUGCUCACCACCCACCAAAUGGACGAGGGCGAGGUAUUGGCCGACCGCAUUGCCAUCAUAAGCGAUGGCCGGCUCCGUUGCCUGGGCACAUUGGCGUUCCUCAAGAAACAGAACGAGACCAGCUAUCUGCUCAGCUGCGAGAAGGGACCCAACUGCAAUGUGUCCAGGUUGACCCAACUGAUAGCCGCCCACGUGCCCAACACGCGGCCUCAUAGCAACAUUGGAUCAGACGUGUCCUAUCGACUGCCGCACCGCUUUUUGGGAUCUUUUGGGUCACUCUUCAACGACUUGGAGCAACAGAAGGAGCAGCUGGAUGUUGUGGGAUUCGGUCUUAGCUCCACCAGUCUUUCAGAAAUAUUUAUGUCGCACGGCGCGGAAGAUCUUGGGGCUCGCACUAGCGGCGGUGGCGGAUCGGUUCAGCAGAGGCGGAGUCAGAGGCAGAGCCAGGGCCAAGAGCAGAGCCGUCAUCCGAACCGUUUCCUGCGCUACCUGGGCCAGUGGGAGGCCAUGCUGCUGAAGAAGCUGCUCUACACAUAUGAUAAGAAAUGGAUGUUUCUGGUUAUGCUGCUGCUGCCCAUAGUUCUCUUCGUUGUAGUUCUUAUUCGUAGGCCAUCGGCGAGCGCACUUCUGGCCAGACUUCCUCUUACUCUGGCCGAUUAUAAUGGUGAGGACGUCAAAGUAAUAUUGCAAUCAACAUCGGACACUCGCCCUGUGCGGGAUAUAGCCAAUGCCUACCAAGAGUUGGCCCAGCAGCACUGCACCGUCGAAAGAAUUAGCCAGAAUGUAAUAGACUACAUCGGCCCACAGGUGCAAGGAACGCCCGCGAGAAUAUACGAAAUGAAGCAACGUCUUAUAGCGGCAGCCACCUUCGACCAAGAAACGAUUGUCUGGUGUAGACAGCGUCUGUUCCCGCAUAGUGCUCCUGUGUCGCUCAACCUCGCGUUCAACGCCAUGGCGAAAGCGAUGGUGGGUCCCGAGGCGAGCAUAGAGGUAACCAAUGCCCCCUACGAAGGGUUGAGUCAAGUUGAGAAUCGAAUGAUAAUGAUUGUGAGCGCCAGCAUUUAUGUUUUGCUAUAUCUGUCCAUUGUCCUGGCGAUAUUCUCCAUCUCAGUGGCGCAGGAGAGGGUAACGCAGAUACGGAUGCAGCAGCAGGUGUCUGGCGUGAGCUUGGCCACCUACUGGCUGACCCACUUUAUCAUCGACUUGUCCCUCUACUUUGCGUUUGCGCUGACACUGAUUCUGGCGGUGCACGAGUUGUGCCAUCCCGGGGAGAUGCUGUCGAUACUCAUGAUCAUCGGAGUGGCGGGUCUGCCCUUUACCUAUAUUAUGGCAAGCCUUUUCAGAGAUGCUGGCACAGUCCGCAGACUAAAAUUUUACUCCCAACGUUUCCCCGUCUUUGUAGGUGUGGUUUUUGCCUUCUUUAUGACAGUAACUUGGGACAUGUUAAAUGAUCAUUUACCUUUUAUCGGACCAAUGAUAAAAGUGUUUUACCUUCAUCCUGUGUUUACUGGAUUAUAUGCGGUAAUCAACUGUUUUCAAAGGGUUAUAAAUUGCAAUUUCUUUCCCGUGCCUCUUGAAGAAAUGCAAGACGAAUUAAAGUUGUAUUGUACUCCCGGAUUGACCACCGCAUUAACGGGAAAAACCGUAAAAUUCUGCCCUUGCCUGGACAUUCUGGAUUGGGUGGAGGUGAGGUAUAUGCUUAUUUCUGGUAGUUGCUACUUGUUGUGGCUGAUUUUCGGCGAAUACAGUACCAAGUUGUGGUAUGGCCUAAAAUAUAUUGCUUGUUUUUGUUGUAAACAAAAUGCAAGAACCAACGAUCAAGAUGAAGAUGUGACUGCUGCCGCCGAAAGAAUAAGUAAAAUGUCGAGCGAGGAUCGCAAGGAGCAUGCUUUAGUCCUGAACCAGGUCUCAAAGAGAUACUGCCGCAUGGCUGCCGUACGUGGAAUAUCCUUCGCUGUCCAGCCGGGCGUGUGCUUUGGUCUGCUGGGUGCCAACGGGGCCGGUAAAACGACUACCUUCAAGAUGAUUGUGGGCGACAUUGCCAUGACGAUGGGGAGUAUUCACGUCAGAGGCUGCAGCAUGAAAUUCCGCCCCACGGCAGCGAGGCGGCAGAUCGGCUACUGUCCCCAGCACGACACGCUCUUCGACUUCUGCACAGGCCGUCAAACACUCAGGAUCUUCCUUUUGCUGCGCGGCACACGCCGGAAUCUCCUCAAAAAAGUCUCGGAAAAACUGGCCACCGACUUUGGCUUUUUUGCGCACCUCGACAAAAAGGUCAAGGACUACAGUGGCGGCACUAAGCGAAAGUUAAACGCAGCGGUGGCCGGUGAGGGCUCAUCGCUCAUUUGUCUGGACGAGCCCAGUUCUGGGGUCGAUCCGGCCUCCCGGCGCCAUGUGUGGAAUGUCCUCUCCUCGCUGCGGGACAAGGGGAAGGCGGUGCUGCUCAGCUCUCAUAGCAUGGAGGAGGUGGAGGCCCUCUGCACGCAGUUGGCCAUUAUGGUGGAUGGGAAAAUUCACUGCCUAGGAUCGCAGCAGCGCAUCAAGAAUAAGUUUGCCCAGUGUCUGGUGCUCAAGUUACAUGUGGAUACCGGAAGUCUGGAAAGCAUGGCGUACACUGUACAGAAGGUAAAGAAUCAAAUGGAAUCGGACUUUCCCACGGCAUCGCUAGAGGAAGAGUUUGGUGGCAGGCUCAAUUACCACAUACCCAUUGCCAAAAUGAGAUGGUCGAGGGUGUUCUCAUACGUUGAGAGAAAUCGCAGCCCUUGGAAGGUGGUGGACUACUCUCUGACGCAGCCGUCGCUGGAAGAUGUAUUUCUGGACAUUGCCAAGAAGAAAGCGAACGAAAAGAAACAACAAAAUAAUCAAAAUAGGCCGCCGAAGAGUCGUCCCACCAAAAAGGAUUCUCCGAAAUCUGAUAAAGAUAAUAGCCGGGCCACUAGGGUAACCAAGACAUAGCCCUGUAGAAAUAUAGCGAGUGAAGGCUGGCAGACAGCGAGCUGGCUGUCAUAAGGGAAUUGGACUAAAAUAAAGUGCUUUCGGAGUUCUUUUUUUGAGGAGCGUCUCUGCCAUUGUGUUA